AUGAACAACAGGAAGGAGGACAUGGAGAUUUCCUCUCACUACCGACAGCUCCUCCGAGAGCUCAAUGAGCAGAGGCAACAUGGAAUCCUCUGUGACGCCUGUGUCAUUGUGGAUGGAAAGAUCUUCAAAGCUCACAAGAACAUCCUCCUGGGCUCUUCCCGCUACUUCAAAACUCUUUACUGCCAGGUUAAAAAAGGUUCAGAGCCUCACCAUCAGACUACAGUAACUCACCUGGACAUUGUCACUGCGACAGGCUUCAAAGCCAUCCUCGACUUCAUGUACUCGGCUCACCUCGCUCUAACAAGCAAGAACGUCAUCGAGGUCAUGUCGGCGGCCAGCUACCUGCAGAUGACAGACAUUGUACAAGCGUGCCACAGCUUCAUUAAGGCCGCCCUAGACAUCAGUAUCCGCUCUGAGAUGGCUGACGAAUUGGCUGACUUUGAAAUGGGAGCCGUUGUCACUGCUGGCAUAGGUGCUGGUGGUGGAAGUGGUGGAGGAGGAGUUGGACUAACAGGAGCAGGGGUAGUAGCCGGAUUGGGUUUGGGAGGAGGUGGGAUAGUGGGUAUGGCCUCCGAAGCCCUCGCCUCCAUCAUGUCCGGUCGCAGUACCUCCCCCUGGCUGGCGCGCCGCACUAGCCCCGCUAAUUCCUCCGGGGACUCUGCCAUCGCUAGCUGCCAUGAGGGAGGUAGCACUUAUAGCAAGGAGGACCAAGAACCCCCCAAGAGCCACGAGAGCCAGGAGGAAACUUGCCACGACUCCCAGCCUGCUUGGCCGCAUGACUACAGGCCUGUCAGCGUCAAAGAGGAACAGGUGUCCCCUGCCUCCUCUUCGCAUCCCCGGGACACCCCCAGGGGUGCUGCCCAGAGCCAAAGGGAUCAGAUAACAGGGGGCACAAGUGCAGGUGGGGAUGGAUCUUGGCAGCCCCUAUCAGGAUCGGGGCGGAGGAAGAACAGGAAGAACAAGGACACGGUCAGACAUAUAACCCAGCAGGCUGAAAGGAAUUGGGACAGAGAGCGGGACAGAGAGAGAGACAGGGACAGUAGGCCUGGAUCUCCACUGCCAUCCAUGCUCGCUGUGGCAGGCUGGAACUACAAUGGACAGGACAUCCAAGACGCAGAUGUGACCGAACCCAACAGCUCUGACAGCCGCGGCGAGCGCCUGGACUUCUUCCUCAAACAGGAAGAAGCUCUCGCAUCAGAGUCGGCCUUCCUGGGUCCCAACGAAUCAGAGGAGGCAGGAGGAGGAGGCGGCGGAGGCAGAGGCGGCAGUGGGAUGAUGUCCUCGGUUGCAAACCUGAAGGCGGCGCUGAUGAGUAAGAACAGCUUGCUGUCACUGCGGGCUGAGAUGAUGGGAGAUGAUAACCCCUUGCUCUAUGAGUACCUUCCCAAAGGAGGACACUCCUUGUCUUUGAAUGACUUUACAGUGAUCCGUAAAAAGUUCAAGUGCCCCUACUGCAGUUUCUCUGCCAUGCACCAGUGCAUCCUAAAGAGGCACAUGCGCUCGCACACUGGUGAGAGGCCCUACCCAUGUGAAAUCUGUGGCAAAAAGUUCACCAGGAGGGAACACAUGAAGAGGCACACACUGGUUCACAGUAAAGACAAGAAGUAUGUGUGUAAAGUGUGCAGCCGCGUGUUCAUGUCGGCGGCCAGUGUCGGAAUCAAACACGGGUCCCGGCGCCACGGAGUGUGCGUCGACUGCUCCGGUCGGGGCAUGGCGGCGCUGCUGGAUCACAAUGGUGAAGCCGGGGGAGACAUCUCCCCUGAAGAGGAGUUGUACCCGGGCGAUCGCUUCCACGACGACCAGGCUGAGUGCGACGGUGACGGUGAGGAGGAAAUGAUGGCGGAAGGCGAUGGUGAGAUAAUCGGAGAAGGGGAGGAGGACACGGCCAAGUGGAAGGAGACCGGCAUGGCGGCAGACUCUCACCGGGCACUGGACAACGAGAAGGAGGAGAGCGACUCCUCAGUGCAAGAGGGCGAGCCACAGAAUGGGAGUGAAAGGGACUUUGCGUGGAUCUCCUAA